ACUGCCACACAGCUCAAAGAAGCAGGGCGAGUGUAACAUUAUGCAAAUAAGUUAAUUAUUUCCAGGUAUUGUGAUCCCAAAGUUUAACUGUUAUUACGCAAAGGGACGGUGGGAUUUUCCCUCUCUCCCUUUACAAGACUAUAAUUGUUUGCAACAGAUAAUUUCUCAGAGAUAGGGGAGAAAAGAUUAGCUUACAUAAGAUGUCCCAGAGGUAAACCUAGAAGAUAUUUAAAAGGUAUUUGCUUGUUUGCAUGUUUUUUAGAGGCGGGGGUGGGGGGAGGAUCUGACAGGCUGGAAAUCUGGUGGCUUUAUUUAAAGAAAAACAACAGAAGAAAAACCCCUGACGACCCUUGAUAGCAUCGUAGGAAUGCAAAGGUGGAGCCAGUAAACAAAACUCCCUAUAAACACUCGCCAAACUGAGCAUUCUGCAGAUUUACAAAGAACGUGCAAAUGGCUUUCACCGAGAAAGACUUCUAUGCUGCACAUUUCAAUCCAAAAGACUUUUUGGACACCUAUUACACCUUCAGCUCUGGAAAAGAAGACGAGAAUGGCUUUUUGAUUUUCUACCUGAAAAAUCUCCACCAGGCAUUCAUUUUAGAUGACAUAAAAGGGGACACCCUGAUUGAUAUUGGAAGUGGGCCGACCAUCCACCAGUUCCUCUCGGCUUGUGAGUCCUUCCGAGAGAUUGUCGCCACAGAUUAUUGCGAUCAGAACCGGGAGGAAUUGCAACGAUGGCUAAGGAAGGAUCCGGGAGCUUUUGACUGGAGUCCAGUGGUGAAAUACGUGUGCGAACUGGAGGGUAACAGGGAAAAGUGGGAAGAGAAGGAAGAGAAGGUCCGAAGAGCCAUCAAGCAGGUACUGAAAUGUGAUGUGACCCAGGCCAGCCCAUUGGGCCCUGUGGUUCUGCCUCUAGCAGACUGCUUGCUGUCCUCCUUUUGCCUGGAAAGCGCCUGCAAAGACCUGCCCACCUACCGCUCUGCCCUGAAGAACAUCAGCUCCCUUGUCAAACCAGGGGGGCACCUUGUCUUAGGCACCAUCUUAGAAGAAACCUACUACAAGGUGGGCCAGCGGCCCUUCUCCUGCCUCUACUUGGACCAGGCAUCUGUGGAGGAAGCCCUCAAGGGGGCAGGCUUUGUUGUCAAGUGGCUCAAAGUGACCAAGAGCAACUUGCUGCUCUCUGUGGCGGACGCGAAGGGGGUCUCCGUUGUAGUGGCCCAGAAAUGCCAGAAUUGAAGGAAAGACCACUGAAAGAAUAAUGGGGCAAAGCAGGAAAUAUUGUGUGGUAGAAUUUGUUUUUAAAAAAGUUAUUUCUUUAGAACUUUUAUGUAUGUGACAACAGCAGCUAAAAUAUUAUAUGCACAGAAAUGGAAAAAAUAGAAUAGAAUAGAACAACAGAACAGAAUAGAUCUUUAUUUUCAUUGUCCCCUUGUGGGAACAACUAAAUUUCUUGUUGCUGUAUCAACUCAGAUAAGACACUCCACAUGAAUUAAAAUACUAAUAAGCACAAUACAAUACAGAACAAUAAACAAAUAAAAUAAAAUGACUUCAAAGUCCGGAAUUUCCAUUUAAGGCCAAAAUUGCUCUAGGAAAGACACUGUUCUUGAGACGGCUCGUUCUCGCCUUCAUUGUUCUAUAUCUCCAUCCCGAUGUCAGGAGCUCAAAGAAACGAUGACCAGGAUGUGAUAAAUCUCUUGAUAUGUCUAAUGCCUUUCUAUGGCACCUGAUGGUAUAGAUAUGUUCUAAGGUAGAGAAAGAAGAACCAAUGAUACUCUCUGCUGUUUUGAUAAUUCCAUGCAACACUGUCCUAUUCCGACAAGUGCAGCUUCCGUACCACACACAUAAGCCAUAAGUGAGCACGCUCUCAAUGGCACAGUGAUAGAAAGCCAGCAGCAACUUUUGCGGAAGGUGAUUUUUCCUUAAAAUUCUCAAAAAAAUUGCGUCUUCUUCGCAAUCACCCUUAUAUUGACACUCCAGGACAAAUCCUCCUGUAACUCAAUGCCCAAGAAUCUGAACGUUGUCCCCCUCUUCACACAGGUUCCAUCCAUCAAAAGUGGCUGGACAUCAAUUUUCUGCUUCCUGAAGUCCACCACAAGCUCCUUUGUUUUCUUUGUAUUUAUAAGCAACUUAUUGGUUCUGCACCACUUUAUCAACCGCUCCACCUCAUUUCUGUAGUCCAUCUCACCCUUCUUAUGAGAGAUGACCCCGAUCACAGUCGUAUCAUCUGCAAAUUUAACAAUCCUGUUACUAGGGUGGGCAGAAACAAAAUCACACAUGUAGAGAGUGUAAAGGAGUGGGCUAAGCACACAUCCCUGUGGUGCUCCUAUAUUAGUACUGAGCAUGUUGGAAGUAUAAGGGCCCAACCGGACCUUCUGGGGGCAAUCUGACAGACAGUCCAAUAUCCACCCACAGAGUGAUGGCGGGAGGCCCCAACCCCCCAGUUUAAAUACCAGACGUCGUGGUAAAAUGGUGUUAAAUGCUGAGCUAAAAUGU